UAUCUUUAUUUUAAAGGUGUAUCAUUAACGGGGGUUUUUGGAAACACCCCCUUUUGCAUCAAAUAAAAUCAAAAUACUCUAUUACUUCGUUGUUACGUUUCGUUGGGAUUUGAAGUGUGGCAGCCGUUUAGCAAAAUGCAACUUAAGUGUGUAAGUAUGUUGAAACACCUUAGAGGUCAAGGAAGACAUAUCAAACCAGCAUCAGCGGUUUUUACAUCUCGAUUCAGUUCAACUGCUUCAAACCCAAACAUUGUUUCACACGAAUUGCUGGAAGGCACCUCAAACGAAGCUCCCAUAUUAUUGGCUCAUGGGGUGUUGGGAAACAGAAGAAAUUUUAAUAUUCUUGCAAAGAAAUUGGCAAAGGAGACGCAAAGAUCUAUCAUAACAUACGAUGCUCGUAACCAUGGCAACAGCUUCCAUAGUGACAUCAUGGGACUUGAGGAUUUGAGUAAAGAUGCGAUCAAUUUAUUGGAUGAAUUGAAAGUUGAGAAAUGUGUCUUCAUUGGGCAUAGUAUGGGUGGACGCACUGCGUUGUAUACAGCACUUUCAUAUCCAAACAGAAUUGAAAAACUUAUAUCUGUUGAUUCAUCUCCUGGUGCAAUAAAUGGCUCAAACUUCACUGAAAGAGGUUCAAUCUUAUCGUAUGUUGAAGCAAUGCAGAAUGUGAACUGGGAUUCUGCCAAUACUUUGUCACGUGCGCGUAAUACUGCAGACGAACAACUUACUAAUGCCGUUCCUAAUCUGUCAGUACGUCAGUUCAUUCUCACCAACGUAGAAGAAUCUUCACCUUCCAAUUACAAAUGGCGAGUCAACCUUGAUGCAAUACAACGACAUCUGCAAUGCACACACCAGAUUUUUGAUAAAAACAACAGCAAAACAUUUGACGGAAAAACUUUGUUUCUUGGAGGAGGGCUAUCCAAUUAUAUCAGAUAUGAAGAUUACCCCAAUAUAAGAAGAUUAUUUCCCAACUGUAACAUAACCCACAUACCUGACAGUGGACAUUGGGUGCACAGCGAAAAACCAAAGGAGUUUCUAUCCGCAGUUACCUCAUUUUUAGGACCAGAAGAAAUUAAUUUGUUCUAAAUAUUUUAAAUAUUGUUAGCUGGUGAAAUAAUUCCGAGGUUUUUAUUUCCUACUGACAAAGGAAAUGUUACCAAAUAUGUGUUCUCAGUAAAAUAUUACAAUCCAGUAUAUUCUCCCAUAACUUUCCACAUAGGUAUAACUUACCCAAAAUGAUGUGUAAGGCUUAACAACAACACAUAUAUAUUAUAAAUACGUUUCCAUUAAAUGUAUGCGAUACCCUGGAGUUAUCCAUUUUAUAAUUUGCUUUAUCUCUAUAAAAGUUGUUAUACCCAACCUAAGUAAUAUUCCAUGCUUUAUGUUAGCAGUAGGCAUGCAGUAUUCUCACUGUGAUUCAGAUAUAUUGCUUGUUAUUUCCACCUAGUCCAUUUCUUCAUUGAAAUUGCACAACGUGUGCUACCUGAUAUUAGUUUGAUAAGUUGCAUGUUGUGUAUUGCGUUGUUUUUCAAUCAUAUUCAAGGCUGUAUUCAUUUAUUUCCGUUGUUUAUUCUGCAGGCAACAAAUUUAUCUAAUGGUUUAUUCUUACAAACUAUUUGACUUAUAACCAUUAACAUAUACCCUGGUACAAGCUUUACUUUAUUUACGAGUAUUAAACUUGCAAGCUG